CCGGUCCUCCAGGCGGGGGCGGGGCCUGAGCGCGAGGGAGACAGAGAGCGAGAGAGAGAGAGAGCGCGGGGUUGACGGUUGACGGUUGACGGUUGGAGCGCGGGGACGAGGAGCGGGAACAAGAUGAAGAUGAAGCGGCGCUGAAACCCCGGCCCCUGCAGGGUUUAUGAGCCGUUGUUGUGGACGGAGAGACAGGGACGUGAGCGGCCAUUGAGGGCAGCCUGGGUGCCGGUGAGCACCCCGCCCCCCCCCCCCAUCUGCUCGGUGUGUGGGCUGAGCUUCGACGGGCUGUCCUUCAAUGGAGUAACACAUGACAGGGCACAAGAAGGAGAAGCGUUAUGAGUGCGACGUGUGUGGCAAGGCCUGGCAGACCCCGGGCCUGCUGGAGACCCACCGGCGGAUUCACACGGGAGAACGCCCCUUCACCUGCUCGGAGUGCGGCAAGAACUUCAAAUGCUACAACAACCUGCAGCAGCACAACCGCUGGCACUCUGACAAGAGGCCCUUCACCUGCUCCGACUGCGGCAAAGGCUUCAAGUCGCCCACACAGCUGAAGUUGCACAGACGCGUGCACACCGGGGAGCGGCCCUACACCUGCAGCGACUGCGGCCAGGGCUUCACCCAGUCCGGCAACCGGCUGGAGCACCAGCGCACCCACACCGGCGAGCGCCCCUACAUCUGCACCGAGUGUGGGAAGCGCUUCCCCCGCUCAAGCAGCCUGCUGGAGCACCAGUACACCCACAACGGCGAGCGCCCCUACACCUGUGGCGAGUGCGGCAAGGGCUUCACCCGCUCCACUGGGCUGCGAAGGCACCAGCGCACCCACACCGACAAGCGCCCCUAUACCUGUGCCCAAUGUGGCAAGGGCUUCACCCGCUCCGACUCCCUGCUGGAGCAUCAGCGCACCCACACCGGCGAGCGUCCCUACACUUGCACUCAGUGCGGCAAGGGGUACACCCACUCCAGCAACCUGCUGUUCCACCAGCGCUCCCACACUGGCGAGCGUCCCUACACCUGCGCCCAGUGUGGCAAGGGCUUCACGCGAUCCACCAGCCUGUUGUACCACCAGCGCAUCCACACUGGCGAGCGUCCGUUCACCUGCGCCCAGUGUGGCAAGGGCUUCACCAGCUCCACCCAGCUGCUGGCCCACCAGCGCACCCACACUGGCGAGCGUCCCUUCACUUGUGCCCAGUGCGGCAAGGGCUUCACCCAGUCCGGCAACCUGCUUGUGCACCAGCGCAUCCACACUGGCGAGCGCCCCUACACCUGUGCCGAGUGCGGCAAGGGCUUCACCAGCUCCACCAAGCUGCUGUCCCACCAGUGCACCCACACUGGCGAGCGUCCCUUCACCUGCGCCCAGUGCGGCAAGAGCUUCACCCAGUCCAGCAACCUACUGGUGCACCAUCGCACCCAUACCUGCGAGUGCCCAUACACCUGUGCACAGUGCGGCAAGGGAUUCACCUGCUCCACUCAGCUGCUGUCCCACCAGCGGGUGCACGCCGGCGACCGUCUCGUCCCCAGCCCAGUGUGUGGAGAGCGCUUUGCCAUGGCCUCCCUCGCCCUGUCUCACCAAUGCGUGCACACCAGUGGCCAGUCCUACGACUGCCCAUACUGUGGUGAGGAGUUUGAAAACUCUCGCGGUGGUUGCGGCAGCACCGGCGUACCCACGCCGGCGAGCAGCUGCUCCCACUGCGGCAAGCGGAUGCACUAGCGGAUACACACCAGAAAGGGACCCUUUGUGUGCGCUGAGUGAGGCAAGGGUUUCACCCACAACGGUGAGCGUCCCUUCGCCUGCCCGUCCUAUGGUAAGGUCUUCACCUGCCUUCACCACCUGCUGGAGCACCGGCGAGUCUACACCGGCCAGCGCCCCUUCACCUGCCUACUCUGUGGCAAGACCUUUGUCCACUCCUCUAGCCUGCUGGCACACCGCCAUGUGGAUAGGAGCUGUUUAGGUAGACACAAAUGCUGGAAGGAAUGGGUAAGGUUUCGGGUAGAGACCCUUCUUCAGUCUCGACCCGAAACAUCACCCAUUCCUUCUCUCCAGAAAUGCUACCUGUCCCUCUGAAUUACUCCAGCAUUUUGUGUCCUUUUUUGUAAACCAGCAUCUGCAGUUUAAACCAAUUUUUAAACCAUUCUCAUUAACCAUCUCUGCACCUUUCCCAAAGCCUCCACAUCAGUGCUGUAAUGGAGUGACCAGAACUGUAUACAAUACUCCAAAUGCUACCUGACCAAUGUCCCUUAAAGCUGCACAUAUACAUUCCUCUCUCCUUAUCUCACACCCUAUUAUAUCCUUAUUUUCUCUCCCCCACUCAUACACAAAUUCUCUUCACUCCACCCUCUCGUGCCCCCCUCCUCUCCCUCCCACCGCCCCUCUCUCUCACAUGCAUACACAUAUUCCCUCUCUCUUGUUCUCUCUCUUCUCUCUCUCACACAAACCCUCUUUCUCUCACACAAACCCUCUUUCUCUCACACACACACUCCCUCUCACACACGCACCACUCUUUUGCUGUCUCUCACACAACAUCUCUUGUUCUCGCGCACACCAUCUCUCUCUUGCUCUCUCAUCCACCCUCUCUCUCUCACACACACAUUCCUUCUCUUUCAAACACACUCCCUCUGUUCCUCUCUUCCUCUCUCUCACAUUCCCUCUCUCUCUCACACACACUCCCUCUCUUGCUCACACACACACUCCCGCUUUCUCUCACACACACUCACUCUCUCCCACACACAAAUACUCCCUCUCUCACACACACAACACUCCCCCCUCUCUCUGUCUUUUUCUCACUCACACACACACACAGUCCCUCUCUCUCACACACAUUCACUCCAUCAGUCUAUCACACACACACAGUCCAUCUCCCACACACACUCUCUCUCUCUAUCUCUCUCUCUUGUUCUCUCUCACACACACAUUCUAACACAUGCUCUCUCUCUCUCUCACACACUCUCACACACACUCACUCACUCACACAUGCACACUCACACACACUCUCUCACACAGGCUCACACACACUCUCACACAAGCACUCUCUCCUUGUAUCUAGACUAGACAUGCAUUUCACCCUACAUGCACUCUGUCCACCACGGCCUGCUGGAUCUCCCGGUUGCCAACCAUUUUAACUCCCCUUUCCACUCCUACACUGAUCUUUAUGUCCUGGGCCUCCUCCAUUGCCAGAGUGAGGUUGAAAGAGCUAAUAGUAAGAUCUAAAAUUGAGUCGUUCUUCUACAAAAGCAUGGUCUAGUAGAACAAAUGAAUGGCUCAGUGCUGAGUCUGAAUGACUUUGCAAAUUAUAUAGAACACAAUAUGGAGGACAGGUCUUUUUAAUAAAGACAUUACGAUGGAAGCCUGCAAAACAACAUGUACUUCUUUCAAGGCCAUAAAGAUAAAAAAUUGCUGAUGCUCCAGAGAUAAGUAAUAAUUUGUUAUUGGAUGAGCGAUUUUGACCCAGCUUUUCCUAUAUUCUGAAAGGCUACAAAAUCUUUCAAUCAUGCCAUAUUCAGACUUGGUAGGAGUGUUUUACUGAUAAGAAAAAUGUAUAAUUGUGCUAACUUUCCUUUGUUCUGAGAGUGGUGGCCGAGAUGCACUGAGCAACGUUUGUGCUCAUUGUAGAUCUUGCCACUCCCGUCUGACGAAUCAAUUAAAGUUUGCCAUGGUUUACUUUUAACAA